AGAACUCUUCCUCCCCAAUCCCUCCUCCUCCUUUCUCUCUCGCUCAAUUAGGUUCUUCACCAAUGCUGUGGGUGGAUUUUGGGGGUUGUCCUGCUGCUGUUGUUCUCCGUCUAAUCUUGUACGAUCUGGUUCGUUUAGCAUCAUAGUGGCAAAUUGCAGAAUGCGUAACCCUAUCGUGCUUAGUAACUUACUUACCAUCUAAUUUUGCUGUCAAGCAUUGAGGCUUUUUUUCGUGCAAACUGCAAAGUUCUGACACGCGAAUAGCAUUGGAGAAAAGCUUUUGUUUCAAUAAAAAUGACGCUAGUACCUAGGAGUAGGUACCUUUUCUAUUCAGAGAAAGGAAUUAUCAACGUUUUUUUUCUUUUCGUUGACUGUUAAACUUCAGUAUAAUUAUAGUGCAGAUUCUGCAAGUCCGGAGUACGGAUUUUAGAAUCCAUGGGUAGAGCAUGACCGUCCAUUCAGAAAAUUUAUUUAGAGGUAUUUUAUUUGAAAAUAUCAAGUGAACUCUUAGGUUAUUAGGUAGGAGCAAUCUACUAGUCAACAUGCAGUUGUUUGGUAGAACUAUAUAUUACUCAAUAUACAGUCUGAACUCUGAAGUGAGUGUCCAUCACAUCUCUUCGCUUUCUUUUAUUAACUACUAUCAAAUGGAAGGAGCUUGGACUAUUCGAUUAAGAGCUAAGAACUGAAAAGAACUUCUACAAGCAAUAGGAAUAGGGGCUUAAGACAAUGGUUUGCAUUACACGGGCUUAAGAAAAAGACUGUCAGACAAUAUAAGUGUUAAUUUUCUCUGGAAAAAUUGAAGUUGGUAAAACGAAUCACCUGUUCACUGAUAUGGAUAAGAGUAUACUAGUUAGGAUAGUUUCAAGCUUUCAAGCCCAUCAAAUUGAUUUAACCGUUUCUUCCAAGAAUUGACACUUCCCUUGGUUUUUGGCUCACUGUUUGCAGAUUUGACUGUUUCUUCCAAUAAGUGACACUUCCCUUGGUCUUCUGCCCACUGUUCACAUCAAUCCAGCUAGAUGUUGCCUUCCAUGGUCUAAAAUUUGCAUUGAUCACAACAAUACGCCUAGAAGCUAAAAGAUAAUAUACACAUAGUUGAACAUUAAAGCGUACUUUUCUGACUUCAACUAGGUGCAUCAAUUAAUAUUUUUGUAUUUUUUUCCUGUGCUUUUCGAAGCAAGUUCCUAGCCAGCUGGCAGUAGCAUUUUCAUUAGUGCUGUCACCAUUAUCACAUGCUAUUAAUAUGAUUAUUGGUAGGCUCAAAUCAGAUCAUUACAAGCAAGCAAAAUGACCAUAUAUAUAUAUAAUAUAUCAGAUGUCCUGAACACAUGCAAACAGUCACUGCCUGUGGACAUCACGAGGCAUAGGACACCAACCUUCUAUUGAAUAUAAGAAUGAAGCAAGGAGAAUGAUGUCCUACAGUCAGCUGAUGGCACUUUCUCCUGCGGCUUCCUCACCAUCUACAGCAAUGCUUUUGCCUUCUCAAUAUGGUAUACCAACUCAAAAAACAAGACUGUUGUCUGGACCGCGAACCGCGGACGCCCUGUGCAUGCUAGGCGCUCUGUUGUUACCCUGCAGAAGGACGGUGCCAUGGUUCUCAAGGACUACGAUGGCACUGUGGUGUGGCAAUCAGACAGCAACUCAAUUGAUGUCCAGUAUGCUCAACUUCUGGACACUGGGAAUCUUGUCAUGAAGAACUCGAGUGGUAAGGUUGUAUGGCAAAGUUUUGAUUCACCCACAGAUACUCUGCUACCAACUCAAAAAAUCACUGCAGCUACAAAGUUGGUCUCUACUACUGGUUUAUAUGUUCCUGGUCACUACACAUUUCAUUUCACGGAUUCAUCAAUACUGUCACUUAUGUAUGAUGAUGCUGAUGUUCAUGAAAUAUAUUGGCCAGAUCCUGACCGUGGAGAGUAUGGAAAUAAGAGGAACCGUUAUAACAAUACUAGGAUGGGGUUUCUUGAUGAUAAUGGGGAUUUUGUUUCAAGUGAUUUCGCUGAUCAGCAACCAUUUUCUGCUUCUGAUAAAGGUUCAGGGAUCAAGAGAAGGCUUACUCUAGACCAUGACGGUAAUCUCCGUCUCUACAGCUUGAGUAAUGGGGAAUGGUUGGUUUCCUGGGUCGCAAUAUCUCAACCAUGCAAUAUUCAUGGUUUGUGUGGUCCAAAUGGAAUCUGUCAUUACUCGCCUACGCCUACAUGUUCUUGUCCACCAGGCUAUGAAAUGAAUAGUCAUGGUAAUUGGAGCCAAGGUUGUAAGGCUAUAGUAGACAUCUCCUGUAGUGUUGCAAAAGUUCAGUUUAAGUUUGUGCAUCUUCCUGAUACUGACUUCUGGGGAUCUGAUCAACAGCUUGUUAACCAUGUAUCUUGGCAGGCUUGUAUGAACAUAUGCAGGAGUGAUUGUAACUGUAAAGGUUUUCAGUACCUAAAAGGGGAAGGGACAUGCUUUCCAAAAUCAUUCCUUUUCAAUGGAAGGGCAUACCCAUCACACUUUGUGUCACCACGCAAUAUGUAUCUUAAGAUCCCUAUAAGCAUGAAUAUUUCAGGUAUGCCAGUAUCCCAAUCCAAUGUGCUUGAUUCAAGAAAACAUAGCCUUAAUUGUGAUCAGAUGGAUGAAAAAACUAGGGAACUAUUUCCCGAUGUGCACAAGACAAGUCAGGGAGAAACAAGAUGGUUUUACUUGUAUGGGUUUGCGGGUGCGAUUUUUAUUCUUGAAGUUUUCUUUAUUGGAUUUGCAUGGUUCUUUGUUUCAAGAUGGGAUCUGGAUGCAUUAGAAAUACAAGCAGUCGAGCAAGGUUACAAGGUGAUGGCAAGUAAUUUCAGAAGAUAUAAUUAUAAAGAGUUGGCUAAGGCAACUAGAAAGUUUAAAUGUGAGCUUGGAAGAGGAGGCUCAGGUAUUGUCUACAAGGGAACCUUGGAUGAUGGUCGAGUAGUUGCUGUUAAGAUGCUGGAAAAUGUAAGGCAAUGUGAGGAAGAAUUCCAAGCUGAGUUGCGCAUAAUUGGGAAAAUUAACCAUAUGAAUCUGGUAAGGAUAUGGGGAUUUUGCUCAGAGAACUCACACAGGAUGCUGGUUACCGAGUAUAUCGAGAAUGGGUCAUUAGCUAACAUACUGUUUAAUGAAAACAUUUUGCUAGAGUGGAGACAGCGAUUUAAUAUUGCUGUAGGUGUUGCCAAGGGGCUAGCCUAUCUCCACCAUGAGUGUCUAGAGUGGGUCAUCCAUUGUGACGUGAAGCCAGAGAAUAUCCUGUUGGACGGAAAUUUUGAGCCUAAGAUCGCGGACUUUGGGUUGGCGAAGCUCCUAAACAGAGGCGGGUCCAAUCAAAACGUGUCUCGAGUGCGAGGGACCAUAGGUUACAUUGCUCCAGAGUGGAUCAGCAGCCUGCAAAUUACUGCAAAAGUUGAUGUGUAUAGCUAUGGAGUUGUGCUGCUUGAGCUGGUGUCAGGAAAGCGAGUUCUGGAUUUGGCUACAAGUGCUAAUGAGGAGGUGCAUGUAGUGCUCAGGAGGCUUGUAAAGAUGUUUGCCAAUAACUUGAGUGGAAAUGAACCAUCUUGGAUUGCGGAGUUUGUGGAUUGCAGGCUAAGUGGCCAGUUCAACUACACGCAAGUAAGAACAAUGAUCACACUGGCUGUCGCGUGCUUGGAUGAAGAACGAAGCAAAAGGCCAACAAUGGAAUCUAUAGUGCAGCUGCUCCUUUUGGUUGAUGAAUCUUGUAGCAGUAAUGUUCUAUGUCCUGAGAUGCCAACAAGGUGGACAACUGGACACGCCAAGGCAAAUGCAAGUUUUUGUAUUCAUAGUUUGUAGUUCUAUCUCAUUGUAUGGAAAUUCGGAAACUCUUGUACUUCAAACUCUAGGCAUUCAUUUAUUCAGAUGUGCUGCAUAUUCCUUCACAAAUUAUAAUAAAGUAUGCUAUUCAAGAAUA